CACGAAGACGACGCGACGGGGCGGCUCACCACACCACGCAACGGUAAAUCUGUGCGGGCAUCUCGACGCAAGCCGACCUGCUGCGCCAGUCGUCCGAGCGACCUUAUCCGCCAUGGGUCGCUCUCUGCACUCGUUCUCUGCGUACGCGCGCCCUUACCUAGCCAAUAACGCACGAUCCGCUACCACAGGAUGCCCUUUCUCGAAACGACAGCAGUCACAAAUAGCGCCAACCGCAGAAUUAACCGAAGAAAUCUUCGCAAAUGCCAAACCUUAUUCCGACGUCCCCGGACCUAAGCCCAUCCCUAUCUUGGGGAACACUUGGCGAAUGGUCCCUAUUAUAGGUCAGUUCGAUAUAUCAGAAUUCGCGAAGGUGACAAAAAUGUUUCUGGAUAAGUACGGAAGGAUCGUCCGCUUAGGAGGGCUUAUAGGGCGACCUGAUUUACUAUUUGUUUAUGAUGCUGAUGAAAUCGAGCGAAUGUAUAGGCGAGAAGGGCCCACGCCCUUCAGACCGUCAAUGCCGUGUUUGGUGAAAUAUAAAUCAGAAGUGAGGAAGGAGUUCUUUGGAUCAUUGCCAGGCGUCGUUGGAGUCCACGGAGAACAAUGGCGCAAGUUCCGCUCGAAGGUUCAGCGUCCAAUUCUGCAGCCGCAGACAGUGAAAAAGUAUGUGGGUCCCAUCGAGAUGGUCACACAGGACUUCAUCCGCUACAUGGAGGACGCGAGGGACGAGAACGGAGACCUGCCACACGAGUUUGAUAAUGAUAUACAUCGGUGGUCUCUCGAGUGUAUCGGUCGCGUGGCGUUAGACGUCCGGCUCGGCUGCCUCUCCAGCAAGCUGAGCAGCGACUCCGAACCCCAACGCAUCAUCGACGCAGCCAAGUUUGCUUUGAGGAAUGUCGCUGUGUUGGAGCUGAAGGCGCCAUACUGGAGAUAUUUCCCGACCCCCCUCUGGAACAAAUACGUUAAUAAUAUGAACUUCUUUGUUGAGCUAUGUACUCGGUACAUCAACGAAGCCCUAGAGAGAUUGCAGAGCAAGAAAGUGACGUCAGAGAGCGAUUUAUCUUUGUUAGAGCGAGUGCUCAAGAGCGAAGGAGACCCGAAAAUUGCAACUGUCAUGGCGCUCGAUCUUAUUCUUGUGGGAAUUGAUACGAUAUCAAUGGCGGUGUGCUCGAUCCUAUACCAAGCCUCGAUUCGCGUGAAGCAACAAGAGAAAAUGGCGGAGGAGAUCCGGAAAGUGCUUCCAGAUCCGAACCAGCCUCUCACCUACAAUGAUCUGGAUAAACUGCACUACACCAAGGCAUUCGUUAGAGAAGUCUUCAGGAUGUAUUCUACAGUUAUCGGCAAUGGGCGCACCCUUCAAGAAGAUGACGUUAUUUGCGGCUAUCAUAUUCCUAAAGGGGUUCAAGUGGUAUUCCCGACAAUAGUGACGGGCAACAUGUCGCAGUUCGUGUCGGAGCCGGCCGAGUUCCGGCCGGAGCGCUGGCUGGAGCCGGACGGCAAGUUACACCCGUUCGCGUCCCUGCCCUACGGCUUCGGGGCCCGGAUCUGCUUGGGGAGGAGAUUCGCUGAUCUGGAGAUACAAGUAUUAUUGGCUAAGCUACUCCGUCGCUACCGCUUGGAAUACCACCACGAGCCGCUGCAGUACGCAGUCACGUUCAUGUACGCGCCCGACGGCCCGCUGCGCCUGCGCAUGUUACCGCGAUAAAUUCACAUACUUUUGUCACAGGAGUAGGGAACGGAAUAGAUGGUAAGCUUUCAAAUUAACGAAUUUUAAACUGUUUUGGAUGAAGUGCAAAUAGGUAGUUAAAAAAGUUUAAUUAGCUUUGGUUGGAGGUGUGAAUCUAAUUUAAAUUAUUCCUAUUGUUAAUAUUUUAUUAUUUUUGUUAUUUUAUUUUAAUAUCUUUUGCCAACCCUACUAACUAAAAUAGGUAACGAUUUCGGACGCUCCUUAGCUUUGCCUCUGUUCCGAUUCCUUACGCAUGUGAUUUUGCAUCAUUGCGCAUAUUAUUCUUGCAGGAGUUCGUGUUAAGUUGUAGGUAUGUAGGUAUAAUUAGUAUCAGCCGCUCUCUCAUUUAGAAGUAAGAUUGUUUAUUAUCAUCAUGUAUAAUAAAGUGACUAAACCGAAUCAAACAAUCGCAUACCAACAAAUUUUUACUUUAAAAUGUUUACGUAUAUUACUUAUUUAGUAUAGUACCUAAGGUGUAAAUAAAGAAUAUUAGUAAAACAAAUAAAA